AUGCUGAACAAGUUCAAGAAGCGCUCGGGCGCCGUGCGGUUCCAGUUUAGCCUGCGCGUGCACAGCCUGGCGCCCUGGCCCGCGGUGGACAAGGCGGUGGCCAUAGGAUGGCAGCGAGGGUCCAAGAAGAACAAACGCGGCGCCACGGCGUCUAAGAUGCCGCAGCAGAUGGCGGGCCGCCUGGGCGCCGCCGUGGAGUUCGAGGAGUCCUUCCAGCUGUCGGCGACAAUGUACAUGGACGGCGGCAGCCGGCCCUCCACCACGGGGCCCUUCAAGAAGAAGGCCAUCGUGCUGGCGGUGCUGGAGACCGAGCGCUCCGGGGAGACCAAGUCGCUGGGCCGCGUGGUGAUCGACCUGGCGCACUACGCGGCUCCGCUGAACGAGGUCAGGCAGGACUUCGACAUCGCAUGCAGCAAGUCCAUCCAGUCCGCAGUGGGCACGCCCAAGCUGAGCGUCAGCCUGAGGUGCACAUGGAAGGGGGCUUCUGGGCCUGGGAGCGCUGCCAGCUCGCACAGCUCUGAUACCACAGGAAGUGCAUUGACAUCCAACUUGAGCACGUUUUGGCACAAGAAGGACAAGAAGGAUGCCAAGAAGCAGCAGAUCAGUAUGACAGGUGAACAAGUCGACGAUCUAAAGGGAUUUGAACACCUUGCCAACAGACCAUCAGGAGGCGCAGACAGCCCUACGCCUGGGAUGCAGGAGCCCUACCAGGACAGUCCCAACCCACCUGCCACUGACUUCCCUCGCUUGAACACCAUCAGAGAAAGCGAGCGAGAGUACUUAAGGCAUUCAGUUGACAUGACGCACACUGGGACACAUGACGGCACGCAUGGUGGCGCACAGAGGGCAAAGCAUGAUGCUAUCGCAGAGGACUAUGACGCUGAUGGCGUUCUCCGGGACAGCGAUCUUGACAGUGAGCCCAACCCUCCGGCAAACAACGCCUCGGGCGCAAACCCACCACCACGUCCUACCGAUCGCGUCAGCUCGUGGCUCGCCUCUGCCUUGGACGGGAGUGGCCGGGGAAGCAAGGCCCCUGAGAAGAAGACCAGAGAGCAGGAGGUGCAGGAGGCUGCCCGUAGCCUCCUCAACGCCUUGGGCAGCGACGAGGAUGAGAGGAGGGAGGAAGAAGAGGAGGAAGGCAGUGCAGGGAGUGAACACAGCGAUCAUGAUUCAGGGAAAGGUGCAAUGGAGUCACCGUUCGCAGAAGAGAAAGUGAAUCCAAGCAAUCCUGCUAGUGUUGGUGGGUCUCAAGGCAAGGAUGCUGCAUCUGCAGCAAUCAAGAAAAUGCCAUCGCAGCGAUCAGAAGCUGAAUCUGUGCAGUCUCGAAACAGCGACGCUGAGUCUCUGCCAGCCCAGCAAAGUUCUGAUUCAUUGCCAUCCCGCACAAGUGGGGCUGGAUCUUUGAAAUCGUUGAAGUCCCGGCGGGGAAGCAGGACAGGAUCCAUGAACUCCCGUCGGAGCAUUAAUCAGCCUGUGGUGUCUCGGCGCAGCACAGGCGACCCCCUGCCAUCAGCAGCAAGUGCAGCUGAAUCCCUUGCGUCUCGCAAAAGCGCAGCAGAAUCUCUGCCAUCGACACCAAGUGUUACAGAAACUGCACAAACUCAGAAAAGUGCAGCUGAUCCCCUGCCCGUGAAGGAGACCACAGCAGAGGUGGUACGUUCCCAGCAGAGUGCCCCCAAACCAUUGCCAUCCCGGCGUAGCGAACCAGGCGCCCGCAGUGCUCGACCUGGGACUGGUAGUGAGGAGCCUAAGCUCUCCAAGAAUGCCCGCAGAAGCCUGCCCGAACCUCUGGAUCGAGGAAAGCCCGAUGAACAGUCGAGAACAGGUAAGAGAUCGCCGUCAACGGCGUCUGAGCCAUCGACAAACGCUGCACAGGGGCGUGCCCCUCGGAGGUGGGCACGUGUGUUUGACAAGCAGAACGAAGGCCAGAAGUCACCCACCCCUGGGAAGACUAAGGAUGCAGAGAAGGCUCCAAGGAAGGCCAUCCUGGGCAUUCCUUUGCAGAGGGAAAAGACUGCUGUGCCAGCAAGGGAUGAAUCGGGAAUGCAGCAACUACGAACUGCUGCUUUCCUUGAGGCAUCUGUGUACUUGGCGCGAUCGGGCCGCCAUAGGGACAAGGCUCGCAACACUCAUGCCCCCGCCCGCCGCAUCGCACGAACUGUGGUGGCCCUGGGCCCAGAGCAGGGUGCUGUGGUGGGCCGAAAUGCGCUCAAGGCAAUCAAGGCCAUGGUAGAUGGUGCUGGCACCAACAUAUCUGCUGCCUCUUUCUGGUGGACCAACUGCGUCCACCUGCGACUGUUGCUGCCUACACUUGCUACAAAGGCUGGCAGGGAGGCGGGGCCAGGGCAAGGGAAGGCUGCUGCCACGAGUUCAGUCAAGGAUGCCCACUGGGCAGUGAAAGCACUCACCCCACAGGUGGUGAGAUUGGAGAAGUACAUCUUUGACAGGGUGGAGCAGUACCUGUGGUGGAAGGUGCUGAUGUCAGAGGCAGUUAAGACUGUGAGAAGGAUGGCACGUAUGACCUCCUCCUGCAGCAGUGUUGGCAGUCCUGGUCCGGAGACAGACAUCGCCGUCAGUCGAUGGCUUACUGCCCUGAACGCUGUCAACGAGCAGUUCCUUCUGUGCUCCUCUGGGAAGGUGCUGGAGGGACACGUGCCCCUCCUGAAAACUCAAGUGCUACGCAAUUGCAUGAAGAGAAUGGACAUGAUGCUGUUCCAGGAGAUGCUGGCGGAUGCUCAAGGGGAGGAUGGUGAGGGCAUCGUUGUGCGGGCAUCCUCUGAAACCAUGGGGACUGCCCUGGUGGACGAUGUUAUGGGCGGCGGGUCAGAGGGGUGGCCUAUCUUGGAGGACUCGAUGCUGCCAUUCAACAGGGGACCUUUAACGUUUGGAGUAGGCAUGAACCUGAAGAUGGCAGUGACGAGGUGGAGUGAAUGGGCAUUCACUGUUGAUGCCACUGGCAGCGAGCCCAGCCACAGCUUGUUCCCUCUGUUGACAGCGGCUGCAGACCUGCUGAUGAUGCCCAAAGAACUGCUCACUGACAAGGGUGUGAGGGAUGACAUUUUCGCUGCUUUGUCACUCGGGGCGAUGUGCUGCAUCUUGGAGCGGUACCAGCCAGACGAUUUCGCCCCCGAGCCCAUCACGCCAGCCGUGCAAGAGCAGCUGGAUGCCGAGCUCAAGGACACCAAGUCGCCCGCCCUGGAGGUGCGCAUCUCCUACCAGCAGCCGGACGCGGCCGCGAUCGGAAGAUUGGACGAGGGCGCGGCCGUCGACAUGGACAGCGAAAGCGAGGAGGACCUGGAUGAGUUGGACGCGCUGUAUGAGCGGUGCGGGGACGAGGGGCCGCCACGGUUCGAGGUGCUGAAGGACCUGUGGGGCAGGCGGCCCGCCGGGGCGGCCGGGGCCAAGAGGUGA